AAUAAAAAGAAGGAAAAUUUCAAAAAAUGGGUUGUCCCCGUUUUUUAAUUCAUAGAUAACAACAAAUUAUAUUUCAAUGAUAUUUUGACCAUUGAACUAGGAAAUGUCCCCGGUUUUCAUUUUAAAAAUCUGGUCACCUUAAUGUACUGUACAAUGAUCCAGCAAACAAAAUAUGGACUUUUUUGUUAGCUUCUACAAACAUUGACACAAUCCAACUGACUUUUAUUUUUACAGUUAGUAAUGUAUUAUUAAAGGAAUAGUCUACUCAUUUUCAAUAUUAAAAUAUGUUAUUACCUUAACAGAUAGCACAGGUACAUCUGCAAGAUGUCUGGUAAAGAUCUGGGGCCGGUUGCACCAACAGGGCUUUAGUAAGCCUGGUCCUAACUGCUAAGUAGGUCUUAGUUAAGACCAGUCUUUAGAGUUGAUCUAACGUCGGUUGCACCAACCAAACUUAAGCCUAGGCGUAACUACGCCCGGUCUUAGCGUUGCGCGUUCAUGUGUUGUUUACCAGCAGCGUGCGUUGCUAGGUUACGCUGUAAACUAUCUUCCGCUGUUUCGUUGUAACGUUAGCCGUAUCGAUGGAGGAGCAAAGAAAAAGAAAAGGAAACUUCACCGACAAUGAGAUACGAAAGUUAAUAGGGCUGUACAGUCAGCACAAACACACACUGACUGCCAAGCAAUCAAACACAAUUACAAACCAGAAAAAACAAACAACAUGGAGACAGAUAACAGAGGCGAUUAACGAUUGCUCUGACUCCGGCUGCCUUAGGACAGAGAGCGAUGUAAGAAAAAAGUGGAAAGACCUCCUGAGCAAAGCAAAAAAAGAUUUAUCUGCAAAAAAACACCACCCGACCGGCGGGGGUCCUCCCCCAAAAACUUCCCUGUACAGUACCAUAAUUGUGGAUAUCUUUGGAGAGGAUUCCCCGGCUUUUAUUGGUUUGGUCGGUGCGGAAAGUGGCGGUUCCGACAUGCAAGAAACCCUUGUCUCCCCAGAGAUGGCUGUCGAUCACUCAAUCGAGAGUGUGAAUUGUGAAGACUCGAUGGAGGACCCAGUCACUCCACAAAGUUCUCACGAACACAGCAGCGGUGCACCACCGGUGAAACGGAUGAGGAGGCUGGAUAAUCUGCAGCAGACACUUCUUGAGAAGGAAAUUGUGAGAGUGGAGACUGAAACAAAAAAACUACAGACCGAGCAGGAAAAGUUAGAACUUGAAAAACAAAAAAUAUUGUUAGAAAUACAGUUGCUCCAACAACAGAUAAACAGUUCAUCUUCGCCUAUUUCUGAAGAUGAUGGGCGGUCUUUUGUAUAUCUGUAA